UGGCGAUAAUUGCGGAAAUGACCUUGAGCUUCUGUCCUUGUCAUUGUGGUGGUAUAAAAGCCCCUUUGGGCUCAGCCUUUUAACAAUCAGCUAGGUCAACAACGUAACAGUCAUGUCGACAAUUUUCAUCAAAAAAAGCGUCUACUUCGGCGUUAUUUGGUCGUCAUAUUACGCCUUGGGCGGCGUCAACUUGUAUGACGGGAAUUAUGGAACCAUUCGCUACUGGGCUGCUGUGCUGCUUAAUGUUGUCGUGACUUUGUGCUUGCCGCUGAUGCUUUUCAUGAGCAUGUUCAGCUUCGAUCUGCCGCUGGACAAUCUGAUCAACUUCAAUAUAACUCUCACCUCGGCGUGCGCCUCUGUGAAAUUCGUAGUAUAUGUCACUCAACUGAAGAAGAUUGUGGAGAUCGAGCAGCGAGUGGCUCAGCUGGACCGGCGUGCGGACACGGAUAAACAACGUUCUUAUAAGGCCGAAAUGGCCAGGAAAUUAGUCAUCAUGUCUACUGUGUACAAAUAUAUUUACUGCUGUGCUAUUUUAACCACAUGUGCUCCUCCUUUGUUUCAAAAGGAACGCUCGCUACCAUUCCCGGCCUGGUUUCCAACGGACUGGACUACUUCGCUGACCAGUUACAUAAUUGCGGUGAGUCACCAGAUUCUCUCAAUAGUCGUACAAGUGCUGCAGAACUUUGUGGAUGAUCUGUUUCCGCCAAUGAUCUUCGUGAUCAUUGUUGGCCAAUGCGAGCUGCUCAUCCAGCGACUCUCGAGCAUCGGCUACGACCAAAGUGACCAGCGCGCCAAUGAACGGAAGCUCAUCGGAUGCAUUCGUGAUCAUCAGAAGAUUAUUCGGCUACACGAGCUCACCAUGGAGAUUAUCUCGUACCCAUUGUUGGUGCAGUUCGUUGUGAUCGCCAUCGAUGUGGGCACCGCCCUGUGUGCUCUACUAUUUUACGCCGAGAAUGUGAACGACAAAAUCUACUUUAUCUCUUUUAUUUUCGCCAUGACAAUGCAAAUAUUUCCCAUUUGCUAUUUAGGGACCAUGGUGGAGUAUUCGUUUGGACAGUUGCACUUCGCUGUCUAUAGCAGCAAUUGGGUCGAUCAGAGCAUUUCCUAUCGCAAGAGCGUACUCAUCUUUGCGGAGCGUACUCAGCGAUUACCUAAGCAGAUUGCCGGCAAUUUUAUACCAAUUGCUUUAACCACUUUCCUCGCUAACUGCAAGGCGGCCUAUUCCUUCUGCACUCUCCUCUCAGACACUGGAGCAAAGUUCUAUCCUUGUCACUGUCGCGCUAUAAAAGCCACGAGCUUCGUGCUCAGCAGCUUAACACUUGGUCGGACCUGGAUAGUCACAGUAACAGUUAUGUCGACAAUUUUCAACAAAAAAAGCGUCUACUUCGGCGUUAUUUGGUCGUCUUAUUACGCCUUAGGCGGCGUCGACUUGUAUGACGGGAAUUAUGGAACCAUUCGCUACUGGGCUGCUGUGCUGCUUAAUGUUGUCGUGACUUUGGGGUUUCCGCUGAUGCUUUUCAUGGCUAUGUUCAGCUUCGAGCUGCCGUUGGACAAUCUGAUCAACUUCAAUAUAUCGCUCACCUCGGUAUCCGCCUCUGUAAAAUUCGUAAUUUUUGUCAUUCAGCUAAAGAAGAUUGUGGAGAUCGAGCAGCGAGUGGCUCAGCUGGACAGGCGUGCAGACACGCAUGAACAACGUUCCUAUAAGGCCGAAAUGGUCAGGAAGUUGGUCAUGGUGUCUACUGUGUAUAAAUAUAUCUAUGGCUGCUGCGUUGUGACGUCGAGCGUCUCCUUUCUGUUUUACAAGGAGCGCUCUUUGCCAUUCCCGGCCUGGUUUCCAACGGACUGGACUACUUCGCUGACCAGUUACAUAAUUGCGGUGAGUCACCAGAUUCUCUCAAUAGUCGUACAAGUGCUGCAGAACUUUGUGGAUGAUCUGUUUCCGCCAAUGAUCUUCGUGAUCAUUGUUGGCCAAUGCGAGCUGCUCAUCCAGCGACUCUCGAGCAUCGGCUAUGACCAAAGUGACCAGCGCGCCAAUGAAUGGAAGCUCAUAGAAUGCAUUCGUGAUCAUCAGAAGAUUUUUGAGCUGCACGAUCUCACCAUGGAGGUAAUUUCGUGGCCCUUGCUGGUGCAGUUCGUUGUGAUCUCUAUUGACGUCGGCACCGCCCUGUGUGCUCUAAUCUUCUACGCUGAGAAUAUGAACGAAAAAGUCUACUUCAGCUCAUUUAUUUUCGCCUUGGGCAUGCAAAUAUUUCCCAUUUGCUACUUUGGGACCAUGGUGGAGUAUUCGUUUGGUCGUUUGCACUAUGCCGUCUAUAGCAGCAAUUGGGUCGAUCAAAGCAUGUCCUACCGCAAGAGCGUGCUCAUCUUUGUGGAGCGCACUCGACGCUUGCCUAAACAAAUGGCAGGCAACUUUGUGCCAAUAGCCUUAACCACUUUUCUGGCCAAUUGCAAGGCGGCCUACUCCUUCUGUACGCUGCUCGCAGAUAGUGGAUCAAAGUAAUAUGAGAAGCGGAUCUAGAGUGGAUUAUAAAAUUCAUUUAAGUAAUACAUAUAAAGAAGGAAAACUUUAUAAAAGCUUUCAAGUAGUAAAGCUCAAAUAUAUUUUAAUUGCAUGUUUUUUAAGUUUUUGAAAGCACAUGUAAGCACUAUUUGUAAAAUGUUAUAAAUUGCAAAGUUAUAUCAAAUUUUAAAAGUAGUUUUUUUCUAUAUUUCUAAUGUUUAAAUACCACAGAUAAUAUCAAAUGCGUUUUGCUCUGAACUAGCAAUCAAGAAA